CUUUUAUUGUACUUCCGGCAGAAGAUAUAAACUUCCGCCCUGCGCUCCAUCAGGUCCUUUUCUGAGACCUGAGUCAACAUGGGCCGCGUAAGGACAAAGACCGUGAAGAGAGCUUCUCGACUCAUCAUUGAGAAGUACUACACCCGACUGGGCAGCGAUUUCCACGUCAACAAGAGGGUGUGCGAGGAGAUCGCCAUCAUCCCCAGCAAGCCUCUGCGCAACAAAAUCGCAGGAUAUGUGACGCAUUUGAUGAAGAGGAUCCAGAGAGGUCCGGUCAGAGGCAUCUCCAUCAAGCUCCAGGAAGAGGAGAGAGAGAGGAGAGACAACUAUGUUCCUGAGGUCUCUGCUCUGGAUCAAGAGGUCAUUGAGGUGGAUCCUGACACCAGUGAAAUGCUGAAGAUGCUGGAUUUCGGUGGGCUCUCCACACUGCAGGUCACUCAACCAGCCGUCGGGAUGAACUUCAAAACUCCCAGAACCUAAUUACUUCCAGUUAACCAAGAAAUAAAGACUAAUUCUCAAA